CGCGACUAUGAUGCCUACGACUACUAUGCCGUUCAUAUACGAUCUGACGGCGAUCCCGAACUUUUGUCGCGAGAGCUGGGAUUGGAACUCGAGGGACCAUUGGGAUACCUAGACGACCACUACGUCUUGCGCGCAGCGGAAAAGCGACACGAAUACGAUCACAUUCACACAGCCAUUGAAGAUCUGAAACGCCGGCGGCGGAAAAGAGAGGCCGGCGCGGAAAAACCACAUGUGCUCGAUGAUGUGCUGCUUGCGAAGAAGCAGGAAUUGCACAAGCGAUUUCCGUUGGUUAAGCGAGGUCCGGCGGAGCCAUUGGAAAACUUGGGCCCGGUUGAUCCGCUAGAAGGAGUACAAGACGAAGUGGAGGACUUAAUUCAAGAGGCGGAAAGGCUUGGGAUGGAAAUCGCCGCGAACUUGAGCAUUGCGGAUCCCAUUUACCAAGAUCAAUGGCAUCUACACAAUCACCGAGAGCUCGGCCAUGAUAUCAAUGUCACUGGUGUAUGGCAGUCGGGGAUUACAGGGAAAGGAAGCAGGGUCUGCAUUGUGGAUGAUGGGCUGGACAUGGACAGCUUGGAUCUGAAGGACAAUUAUUUUGCUAAGGGAAGCUGGGACUACAACGAUCCAGGCCCUGAUCCCAAACCUCGCUUGUCGGACGACCACCACGGAACACGCUGCGCCGGCGAGAUUGCCGCUGCAAGAAACGAUAUCUGUGGUGUGGGAGUCGCGUACGAUGCAAAAGUGUCCGGCGUUCGAAUUCUGUCUAAAGCCAUAUCAGACGUGGAUGAAGCCGAGGCGCUUAACUACGGCUAUCAGGAAAACCAUAUCUACUCUUGCUCGUGGGGACCACCGGACAAUGGCAUGGCCAUGGAGGGUCCGAGUGUCUUGAUCCGUCGUGCCAUGAUCAAGGGCAUCCAGCAAGGUCGCGGUGGACUUGGGAGUGUGUUCGUCUUUGCUCUUGGAAAUGGAGCGGCCAAUGACGAUAACUGCAAUUUCGAUGGCUACACGAACAGCAUUUACUCGGUUUCUGUUGGUGGGAUCGAUCGGAAGGGCAAGCACCCUUACUACAGUGAGAAGUGCUCUGCUCAGCUGGUCGUGACGUACUCUUCUGGAUCUGGGGACGCCAUUCAUACGACGGAUGUUGGCGAGAACUCGUGCUAUGUGAAUCACGGUGGUACAUCUGCUGCCGGACCUCUCGUGGCUGGAAUAUUCGCUCUCAUGUUGGAGGCCAACCCCAAGCUGAACUGGAGGGACUUUCAAUAUCUCACUGCCAUGACGGCGGUGAAAAUUGAUCAGGACGCCGAAUAUCAGAUGAACAAAGCACUCGGGAAGGAAUUCAGUCACGCAUUCGGUUACGGCAAAGCCGACGCCUGGGCUCUGGUCGAAGCUGCGAAGACGUGGAAAAGUGUCAAGCCUCAGGCGUGGUACUUUAGCCCUUGGCUUCACGUCAAGCAUGGCAUUCCCCAAGGCAACCAGGGCCUUGCCUCCAGCUUCGAGGUCACACCUGACAUGCUGAAGACGGCCAAUCUGGAACGUCUCGAGCACGUCACGGUAACGAUGAACGUCGAGCACACUCGUCGAGGAGAUCUUUCCGUGGAGCUUCGCAGCCCUACCGGCAUGGUAAGCCACAUUGCCACUCACCGUCGCAACGACAACGCCAGAGCAGGAUACGUCGACUGGACUUUCAUGAGCGUCGCUCACUGGGGCGAGUCAGGCAUUGGCAAAUGGACCGUCAUCGUCAAAGACACGAAUGUCAACGAGCACAAUGGCAGCUUCAUUGACUGGAAGCUCCGGCUCUGGGGCGAAUCCAUUGAUGGCGAGAAGCAAGGUCUCCUCCCGAUGCCGACCGAGCACGAUGACGAUGACCACGAUCUCCAGCCACCACAGCAGGCACCUGCUCUCACAACCAGCGUCGCCGUACCCACGGAAACUGGAGCACCCCCAGGGAACCCGACCGACCACAUCGACCGCCCUACGAAGCCCAAGCCGACCGCAAGCCCAUCACCUACGACUCCAGCCGCGGUACCUUCAUCUACAUUCUUCCUUCCUCACAUCUUCCCGACCUUCGGCGUAAGCCCACGCACGCAAAUCUGGAUGUACGGUGCGGUCACGAUGAUCAUCAUAUUCCUCGCCGCGCUCGGCGGAUGGUUCUACUACAUGCGCCGCAAACGACGAUGGAUGAACAGUCGAGACGACUAUGGCUUCGAGAUGGUGGAUCGCGAGGAUGAAGAUGAUGAGCAGGCGCCGUUGGCGAGUGGUGGAGCGAGAAAGAAGGGCAAGAGGAGAGCGGGUGAACUGUAUGAUGCUUUUGCGGAAGGAAGUAGCGAUGAGAGUGAGCCUGAGGAGGCGGAAAUGUUUGAGUUGGGGAGUGAUGGGGAGAGUGAGGAUGAUGGC